CAGGCGCCGCCGCCGCUGUGAGGGGCUGUGCAGGCAGACAGGAGACACACAUGCACACCGCACAGCAGCGGCUCGUCGCCGCCACUGCAGCCGGAGAGCAGCGGAGCAGGAUCGGAGGCGGAAUGGCCUGAACUCAGCUCGACUCGAUCGCCUGAUGCGGCGAUGCUCCUCUGACAGCCGUCCGCUUGUCCGUGCGCGUCCGCCCGUCUGGCCGCGCAUUGCUGCAGUGCUGUUUUUUCCAGGUGUUGUGUGCGCGUGAGUACGAGAGAGCGUAUAUGUGUGCGUGCGCGUGUUGUGCAGCCUGGUGUAAUUCUCUUACGGAUUGUUCUGAGCCGGGAAACAGGAGUCUGAUGUCACAUGUGCUUCAUCGGAGGAGACGGGGCAUCUGCGAGCCGGAUUUUGUGGAGGAUGCUGCGGCAAGUGAUACACAGAGGGCUCAAGGCUUCCUUCUACUGGCUCGGCUUAUUCGUUAGCAGGCACCCCGUCUUCUUCCUCACCGUCCCCGCGGUGCUCACCAUCAUCUUCGGAUCCACCGUGCUGAGCCGUUUCAAGCCUGAGCGGGACCUGGAGGUGCUGGUCGCCCCGACUCACAGCCUGGCCAAGAUCGAGCGCAGCCUCGCCAACAGUCUGUUCCCCGUCGACCAGUCUAAGCACAAGCUGUACUCGGAUCUGCACACGCCGGGCAGAUAUGGUAGACUGAUCCUGCUGGCCAAGUCCGGGGGUAACAUCCUGGAGCUGGCCGACCAGGUCCUGCAGGUCCACAAGCAGGUGCUGGAGCUGCGCGUCACCUACAAGGGGUUCAACUACACCUUCGGUCACCUGUGCGUCCUGAGCCACAGGGACAAGCGCUGCCUGCUGGAUGAUAUCAUCACCAUCUUCCAAGACAUCCAGCAGGCUGUGCUCUCCAACAGCACCUUCCACAAGGUGCCCCUCAGCUACCCGAACACCACUUUAAAGAAUGGACGUUUGUCCUUUAUUGGACACCAACUUGGAGGGGUGUCCUUCUCAACCAACAGCAGGGACCAGCAGGUCAAGUUUGCCCGGGCCAUCCAGAUCACAUACUACCUCCGUAACCAUGGUCCCGUGGUCCAGGAUGUCAUUGCGGAGCGCUGGGAAAAUGAGUUCUGCGCUCUUGUUACUAGACUGUCCACAGCUGAGCCGCCGCACCCAACCGACCAGCUACUCAUCCAGUCACUCACCUCCUUCAGCCUGUGGCAGGACUUUCACCAGACUGGUGUGCUGUCGAAGGGGGAGGUGCUUGUCAGCCUGGUUCUGGUUCUCCUAGCUGCCACCAUCUCCAGCUCUAUGAGGGACUGCCUAAGAGGAAAGCCUUUUCUUGGCCUUUUGGGUGUGCUGACCAUUUGCAUCGCCAACGUGACAGCUGCAGGGAUCUUCUUCAUAUCGGAUGGGAAAUUCAAUUCCACGCUGCUGGGGAUUCCGUUCUUCGCUAUGGGUCAUGGAACCAAAGGGGUGUUUGAACUUCUGGCAGGGUGGAGGAGAACAAGGGAAAACCUGCCAUUCAAGGAGCGUGUGGCUGACGCCUUUGCAGAUGUGAUGGUGUGCUACACCAUGACGAGCUCACUCUACAUCAUCACCUUUGGCAUGGGAGCUAGCCCUUUCACCAACAUUGAGUCUGUGAAAAUCUUCUGCCAGAGCAUGUGUGUUGCCAUCUUGGUCAACUACUUUUAUGUUUUUUCUUUUUAUGGCUCUUGCUUGGUGUUUGCUGGACAGCUCGAGCAGAACCGAUACCACAGUGUUUUCUGUUGUAAGAUCCCGUCAGUAGAAUAUUUGGACCGCCAGCCGACUUGGUUUAAAACCAUGAUGAGUGACGGCCAUGACCUGUCCACGCACCAUGACAGUGUGCCAUACCAAAAUCACUUCAUCCAGCACUUCCUACGUGAACAUUACACUGAGUGGAUUACCAACACAUAUGUGAAACCUUUUGUGGUCAUUCUAUAUCUCAUCUAUGCUUCUUUUUCCUUCAUGGGAUGUUUACAGAUCAGUGAUGGGUCGAAUAUAGUGAACCUGCUGGCCAGUAAUUCACCAAGCGUUUCGUUUGCUGCUACCCAGCAGAAGUACUUUAGUAAUUACAGCCCUGUAAUUGGGUUUUAUAUCUACGAGCCUAUUGAGUAUUGGAACUCCACUGUGCAGGAGCACCUAAAGACUCUAAGCCAUGGCUUCAACAAGAUGUCCUGGAUGGACAACUUUUUCCAUUACCUCCGGGUAGUGAAUGUCAGUGCAUCAACUAAGAGUGACUUUAUCAACAUCCUGAAGGGUUCUUUCUUGCGCAGUCCAGAGUACCAGCACUUUACAGAGGACAUAAUCUUCUCUAAAAACCGCGAAACUGACGAGUACGACAUCAUUGCCUCACGGAUGUACUUGGUGGCACGGACCACAGAGAAGAAGAGGGAAGAGGUGGUGGAGCUCUUGGAAAAACUUCGUCCCUUGAUGCUAAUCAACAGCAUCAAAUUCAUUGCCUUCAAUCCCACAUUUGUUUUCAUGGACCGCUACAGUUCCUCUGUCAUCUCACCAAUCUUGACCUCAGGCUUCAGCGUACUUACCAUCCUUAUUCUUACAUUCUUCCUAGUCAUUAACCCUUUGGGAAACUUCUGGCUCAUUCUCACGGUUACGUCCGUGGAGCUGGGUGUUUUGGGAUUGAUGACCCUCUGGAAUGUUGGCAUGGACAGCAUCUCAAUCCUGUGCCUUAUUUAUACACUCAACUUCGCUAUGGAUCACUGUGCACCACACCUGUACACUUUUGUGUUGGCCACUGAGCACACCAGGACGCAGUGCAUCAAGCUGGCACUGGAGGAGCACGGGGCGGCGAUCCUGCAGAACACAUCCUGCUUUUUGAUCGGGAUCAUGCCUCUGGUGUUUGUGCCUUCCAAUCUGACCUACACGCUGUUCAAGUGCUCCCUACUCACGGCGGGAUGCACCCUGCUGCACUGUUUCGUCAUCUUGCCCGUAUUCCUGACUUUCUUUCCACCAUCCAAAAAGAGGCACAAGAAAAAAAAGAGGGCAAAGCGGAAAGAGCGGGAGAGGGAACGAGAGAGGGAGAGGGAAAGAGAGGAGAUAGAGUGCAUUGAAGUCAGGGAAAAUCCUGAUCAUGUGACAAAUGUUUGAGUAGGUUUUGACAUCAUGAUCAGUAACUGUGGGUUAUUGGUAGACUCUCAGAUGCAGAAGCAUCUGUUAAGAUGCAGGGAGCAUAUAGUGUCCGUCAUGAAGUGGUGGCCACCAGAUAGUAGCAGCUAAGCUGACCAGGGGAGGGUGCAGCUCCACUGGUCAUUCAGUCCCUAAGUCCAGACAGUCAUUAGCACAAACUGGUUACUUACUGUAAGCUUUUCCCAAAUGUUAGAAGUAUAAAGGAAUUUAGUUGCCAAAACUUGCCUGCAAAAUCUUAAAAUAAAAUAAAAACUAAACACAUACAUUUACCUGUCUAUUUUGAUGCCAAGGGUUGUAUGUUCAUCUCCUUUAUUAAAAGUAGAUAACAAGGUGUUAUCGAGUUAUCUUAAAGGGUUUCACGAUUAGCUGUGACAACAGACUUUAUUUGAGAAACAUUUAUUUUCAAUGUAAAUCCAAAACAGAAAAAUUACUGAAAGCUAUUAAUUUCAAUGAAUGUAAAUAGAAUAUUGUCACACAGAUGUCGCCAUGUUGUUUACCCUGCAAUGCAUUUUGCAUUAAUGAUGAAUGCUAAGUCUGGCAACGCCAACUCUGUCCAGCACAAAACUAUGAAUGAAGAACUUCUUCAGGUUGAAAUCGAGCGCAUGAAAAUUUAUGUCGAUAUAAAAAUCACAAGAGGUAAUGAAGAUGGUGAGGACGAAACAGAGGAAGAUGGGAGAAUUGGCCAAAGAAGAUGGUAUUUGUGAGGUUCCUGCUCAGAGAUGCUAACUAGUGUUGCACCAAUACUGAUAGCAGUAUAGGGCAGGGCUCCAAUCCAGCACUAAAAUUGUGGUAUCGGUAUUGGCACUGAUACCAUUUUGAGAGCCAAAAGUUUAUUAAACUAUUGUCAUAAAUUCCAGGUAGGCAAUAAAAAGUUCUUCUGGAUUCACUUUGUAU